AUGAGCACCGUGGCAGCCAUGGCGUCGUCGUCGCUGAACCCGAACGCGCCGCUCUUCAUCCCGGCGGCGUACCGGCAGGUGGAGGAUUUCUCGCCCGAGUGGUGGGAGCUCGUCGAGACCACCGCCUGGUUCCGGGACCACUGGUUCCGCCAGCACCAGCUCCACGACGCCGCCUUCGCCGACGGCGCUGGCGCCGACGACUUCGACGUCGCCGCGCUCCUCCCCGACGACUCCGUCGACCUCCUCGACAUGGUCGACACCGACGAUCUCUUCUACGCGCCCGACGUCCACCAGGCCGCCAAGCCGGCGCUGCUGCCCGGGUACGACCUCGACGUGCUCAGGGCGCUCAGCCUCAGCUCCCCCAGGGCCGCCGCCGCUGUCGCCGCGCCGUCGCCGCGCGCCCAGCAGCAGCAGCAGAGGCACGCCGGCGCCAGGGGCGCCGCGCGCCGCGCCAUCCACCAGCCUCGCUAG